UCUGCCGCUGUUUUAAUGCUUUCAUUUAUGUCAGUUAGCUGUGGUAGACUAUGAACCACCGGAGAAGACCAUACGUCGCGGAACCAUUGCUACCCUGCAGGGUUUGGCUUCUGUUUUAAGAAUAUUUCUGAAGCGGAGGAGCUACAAGAAGACAUCCACAGCCUUGACAGACCGCGGGAAAAUGUCGUUACUUCCUGUGUACUGAAGUCUUGGCGCGACAUUACAGUUGUAAAUAACAGGAGGACACAACAAUACGCAAACUAUUAUCAGAAACUCCCUAAGAGUCCUAGAAAUACUUGGAAUUAUGGAGAACAUUGACACGAAUGAUGCUUCUUGUCUCUUUGUACCUAAUCUCAAUGAGGAUUCUGUGGAUAUCUACGAUGGCCUGGAUAUCAGUUCUAGCAGCAAUGCAGAGAAGUCAUAUCCAAGUGCUUCUCAGCUGAAAGAGUCGAUGGAUCUUUAUGAAGAAAUUGUCACUGAGGAACAGCAGAGCAGAGAGUCAGUGUACUCUGAGUUGAAAUCCAGAUUCCAAGCAGCUCAAAACCAAAUUAAAGAGUUGCGCAGGAGACUGGAGCAGAUGGAGAUACAGAAUACAGGGCUGAACACUGAGAACUGCCGUCUCAAAAAGAACAUCUCUGCACUCUUAAGAACAGCUCGACAAGAGGUGACACGAAAAGAUGCUGAGAUUCAGAGACUGAAUCAAUGGUCAGAAAAAGGUCGCCAUCAUCAGCAAUCUCACAUUAAUAAUCUGCGGGAUCAAAAGUCAUCCAAUCGGGCCUCCACAGACAGCUCCGAGAGUAGGCCACCUCCUCCACCACCCUCCAGUCCUCCCCCUCUUCCACCUCUACCAGCGUCACCUCCCAGGGAGGAUCGUCCUCCACGGGAACCUCCUCAACCUUCCAGAAAGGAAAGCGGUAGUUCCACCUAUCAGCCCAGCGGUUCUUGUAUUGAGACAAGGGCUUCAAAAACUUCUUCUCAUAGUUAUUCAAAAAGUUCCUCAAGAGGAGAUUGUGAUGUAUCUGACAAACAGACUGAGCACUCCUUCAGCAAAUCCAGCAGCUGUUCAUCAACACGACAUAGUGAGUUAGACAAACACAAGUCCAAGCGGAGAGAGGAAAAAUGUCAAAAUCAAAAAUCUGAAUCAACAGAUAGGAGACAUAGAACUGGUUCAGAUCCCAACAAGGACUGUUACAGGUCUCACAAAGCAGACAGGGACACAGGAAGAAGAUACGACUCCAGGUCAUGUAAAAGCAGUAACUACCUAAAUGUUGAGGGGCACCACAGAGAGAGGACCAAAAGUCCUCCACCAGAAAUGUUACAUACUGCAGCUUCUUCUGAAGAUAAGAAAGGGAGAAGUCAAGAACGGAGACCAGAUAAAGCCAAGAUGUCCACACCAGACUCUGAGCAUAGUGCAGGCCACAGGUCUAAAGAGGGUUACAGCCGAGAUCAUAGAAAAUUCAAGACUAGUGAUGGACAUACCAGAAGUUCAAACUCAAAAGACCGGAAAAAGUCCUCUUCAAGCCAACGUGAUUCCUCUAAAGAAAGGGAGGGGGAUAGACUGUCAAAGGAUUUUCAAAGGAAGGAGGAUAGACUGCGUGAAGAUAAAAUCAGCAGAGAGCAUAAGAGGAGCACACCGUCUGAGACCAACAGAGAACGUGAGAAACAGAGAUCAAAAGAAUCAGACCACGGUAAAGUGGCUGCCUGUAGUAAGGAAAGGAAAGAAAAGACACAAGAGGCCAUAAAAAGAUCAUCUAAAGAACCAAAUAUCACAGAGAAAAACUCUGUGGAGGACAAUAGCCCAAACAGGAAGCUGUGUUUCAUGGAAACAUUGAAUCUAACCCUUUCACCAAUCAAGAAGUCAGUGUUGCCCAUCGAUGCCAGCCAGGAUGAUUUCACAUCAGUGGAUAAGGUUGUUGAAAAUGGAGCAGAUGAUGACAGUUCACAACCUAAUGUUGAAGACAUGUGUAUCAUUGAUGAAGUAAACAGCAGUGAAUUAGAAGCAAGGUUAGAAGAUGUUGCCGAACAAUCUCAAGAUAGCCCCAAAACUCCAGGGUCUGAAAAGACACAUAAGAAGUGUGAUGAUGUGAAAGAUGUUCAGAAAAAGAACAAGAAGCGCAGUGAAACUGCUGCAGCUGACAAGCAACUAGAAGACCAUUCAGUCCAAACUACCUCAGCUCAAAGCCAGCCCCCAGCUACUGCCGAGAAUCAGAUGUAUCUCGCACAAAAGUCAUCAGAGAGUAGUUCUGUAAAAGCAGAAACAGUAUUUUUAAAAAGUUAUGAUGACAAAAAAACCAAGCUGGCCUCAGACAGCCAGAAAGAUGAAUGUGGACCUCUGGAGGCUACAGAUGGUGGCAAGGACACAUCUGGAAGAAUUUAUGAUCAACACACAAGCAAUUCUUUGCAAAAAGUGAACCCUGGAAAUGAUACUGAUCAGUCUGUUGCUGGGACCUCACCCUUGCUUGAUUCAAGGGUAAAGCCAAAGUGUGAAACUCCUAAAGCUGCAGUACAGAAAAGCCUCCCUGUGGAUUCAGUCAAAGAAGGUGCAGCUGAUUCACCUUCAAGGGAAAAACCUGUAGCUGAGGAUGUUCCUCACAAGGCCAAUCCCCAAAGUCAGCAAAUUUCACCCAAAUGUCUUCCAGCUUCCAGUUCCAUUCAUGAGAAAGAUGCUUGUCGAAUCCAAGAUGGUCCAAAAGAUGCAGAUGCUGUAUCAAGUACAAUAAGCCUGGAAUCACUUCCGCAAGAAGGCCUGAGUCUUCCUGAGGCUAUUUACGUUUUAACAAAGACAAGUGAAGACGCCAGUGACAGCAGUACCAUCACAACUGAGGCAAGUUCUUCCACUGGCUGUAUCGCAGUGUCCAAAGUCAGCAGCACGACGGAGGAGUCGGCACUGCCGGAGAAGUACAGUGGCCUCACUUUCACACCAAAGAAGAGCUUCAGUCCCGGAAAGAGUCAUGAGAAUACCUUUGAGCCUUCCAGUUCUAUGCCAUUGCUCCAUGAUGAGGACUCCAUGAUGCGCACACUGAGCAAUCUGAAGAGGAUCCCUGAUGCCAUAAGCCCUCUGAGGAGCCCAGUGCGGAUAACCAAGAGAAGUCAUCUCCAUGUUCAUGGCAAGCCAGGUCAUGUCAAAAGCCUUCAAAAAGAUUUCUCCAGCACAGCUGUUGAUGCCAGCUCAAAGAAGUUGGAUGUAAACAAAGAAAACAAAUAUCCAGGUUCUCCGGCAAACAAUGACACGCAAAACGUGGUGGACAAGAUAUCCGACCUGCCUUCAAGUCUCUCUGACACUGAACUUGAGGAGGGGGAAAUUUUAAGCGAAAGUGAUGAGGGAGCUGCAGAUUCUCCUGGUCCUGCAACAAAGAGGGCGAAGUUGGCACGACCAGUCAGAAAUAAAGCAAGUCCUAAGACUGUGCUAAAGAGCACAUCUGAAGAAAGGUGUGUUGCAUCAAAAGAAACCAAUGAAAUGGCUGGUGUAUCAACACGAAGUCCAAAGAGUCGUUUUAAAACUGUUUGUCCUGCAGCAACCAAAGCUCCUUUUUCCACCAUAGAGGAAGUCAUGGAGACAUUCAAGUUGGUUCGUGCUGAAAUCCGAAAAAAGUACAUGAAGCUUCAUAAAACGUUUCCCAAGAAGAGCUUCUUUGGUGUGAUGGACAAUUUCCAGGAGUCUUUUUUGGGAUUUGUUGAUGGUGCUCAUUUUGGCCAAAUAUGCAGCCAGGAAGGAGAACUGAAGUCCAAGCUGAAGAAAUUGAUCACAUUUGUGUUUAGUAAAGUAUCUAAUAAUGGUAUUGUGAAACGCAUUUUUGAGCAGCAAGCAGUCAAUCUGAAGCAAAAGUUGUGGGACUUUGUAGAUGUCCAAGUUGACUAUUUGUUCAGGGAUGUAUACACAAUGCUGAAGAGCCUUUGCAAACCAACAAGAGCUCAGGCUGAGGACAAUAGGCACAGUGGAAAUGAGAAAGUAUCUAGACAGCCACAAGAACAACAAAUAGAAGCACAGUCGGGUUUGACCAACCUUAAUCGAGUCAAGCCUUGUGCUGUGGCACCUUAUAAAACAGGCCUUGGAAGCAGAGGCAAAGAUAUAAGAAUCACGCAUGAGGAAAAAGACAACAAUGCUGACCCGCAUCCAACUAAUUGUCCAAAUACACAAACUAUGGCCAACUUCCUUCAUCCUUUAACUCCAGAGAAAAAUAGCUUGUCUUCUUUGGUUGUCUCUCAAAAUGGCUCAUUGCUUGACAAAACUGACUUUGAGCUGCUGACAGAACAGCAAGCCUCCAGUUUAACAUUCAACCUAGUGAGAGACUCUCAAAUGGGAGAAAUCUUCAAGUGCCUCCUGCAAGGAUCUGACUUACUAGAAACCAGUGGCAUCACUGGAGACAACACCACCUGGUCUCUUGGUACACCAAGGAAGGAUGGAGAGAGGUUCAUCAGCAUCACCACUCCAACAAAGUUUGAUUCUCCAUCAAAACUGCUUUCACCGACAAAGUUCGAUACCCCCUCCAAACUUAUUGCGACAUGGUCUAGCAUUUCACCUCGCAAGAUGUCAUCUCCAAGGUCCAAAGAUCAGAUCCCACUGAAUCCAGCUUUAUUCGAUGAAAGUUGCCUGUUAGAAGUGCCAUCAGAGAAUAGAGCAAUGCUGCAGUCAAACAUGGCUUCACAGAGGUCGUAUUCCAUUCUAGCUGAAGAUCUGGCCGUCUCCCUCACCAUUCCAUCACCUCUCAAGUCAGACAGCCAUCUCAGUUUCCUACAGCCGUCAAACAUGCACAUCAUGUCCACUCCUGACAGCGUCAUCAGUGCUCACAUAAGUGAGGACGCUCUGCUCGAUGGGGAAGACGCUACAGAACAGGACAUUCACCUGGCCCUUGACACCGACAACUCCAGCUGUGGCUCCAGCAGCAGCAUGGCCUCGGAGGCUCUUGCCACACCUUUUGUGUUCAAGCCUGACCUGCCAAUGCAGGCACUAGUGAUGGAGAAGUCCAAUGAUCAUUUCAUCGUGAAGAUUCGUCAGGCCACCGCAGGUGCAGAUACCACGCUCACUGCUGAUGACAGCUCAAGUCGAACACUAACAGAAGAUGAUCAGCAGCUUAGAGAAGACCGCUUGGCAACUCCAGAAAGUCAAGCAAAAGCCAAUUUGUCCACCAAAUUACAUAACGAUACUCCUUCAAAUGCAUCAGCAUCAGAGAACAACCUGUCUAAACUUGCUGAAAAUUCUGGGACUUGCCAGGCUGCCACCAGUGCAGGUAUCCAUCUCUCAAAAAAUGAGAGCUUAACAUUAACAAAAGAAGCCAAGUCAAGUCAACUACAUACCUCAAAAGUUUGUUUCUCUGACAAUUCAAAGAAUCCAUCAGCGUUUCUGAGAAAUGUGCCUAAAACUCCUCCUUCAGAUACCAGUUUGCACAGUGGUCUUCAAAGCUCUGAUGAGCUCUCUGGGCAGAUCAGCCAGGCACCCAGCAGGGAAGGUAUCACAGUCACCGGUGAUGAGACUGCAGGUCAAACAGAGCACAGAGAAAAAGACAAGAGGACACAACAAAGUCCCUCCAGAGCUCUUUUGUCUGAGUCAGAUAAGAGUCCACAUCACAUUGCUGAAAGCUCGGGAAGAAAUCACAGAGGCCAAGUGUUGGCAUCACAUGUUUCAGACUCAGAGAGUGGUGAAAUGGAAGUGUCAGACACGGAGAGAAGUUUUGCCUUUACGCAGGUGAAUGCAAGCAGCACACCAGAGAGAGACCAGAGGGACUGUGGCAAAGGUAGUAAACGGAAAAAGCACAGAGAGGAAUCAAAAGCCAAGCGGUCCAGAAGGGAGGAAGAGGGCAGUACAGAAGAAAUGGUGCCUAACUGUGAGAAAGAUGAUGGUGAAUCCAGAUCCUCCCCAGCAUCUCUGUCCCCCAACAGUCUCUAUGCCAAGAAUGUCAUCAGGAAGAAGGGCGAGGUGGUGAUGUCAUGGACCAGAGAUGAAGAUCGAGCUAUCCUGAUCGACCUGAAGACAAACGGUGCUUCACGUGAGACUUUCUCAGCCUUGUCUGAGAAACUUGAUAAGCCGUCAUGGCAGAUUGCUCACAGAUUUUACCAGCUCAUGAAGCUUUUUAAGAAGCAGGAGAAAAUGGAUACUUGAUGGCUCUGAAUGUGUGUGCUCUGUUUUAUGCAAAUAGUUCUUGUAUUAGAACAUUUCUACACGCAUACAACAGCACCAACACAGGUAUGUAGGCUGCUGUACACGUGACACGGUGCACGAGGCCGUGACUGCAAGGUGGCUCAGUCAUUACGAGUCCCCGUGGGUCACAGGAUCGACCCCCACGUCGACUGCUCUCUUCUGUAAGACCUGCAGCAGUUUUAGCCCAACCUUGUUUUUCAAACGAGGGUCGGAAACCCAGUCACUAUCCAUGAAUGUAUGUUGUUUCUUGAUAUUCAACUGUAUCUGUUCAUACUGUUGAACAGAAUUCAAAAUGUGAAAAAUAAGAAUUAAAAAAUGACAACUCUUCCUCAGCACAACUGACAGCAUAGAUUGACGUGAACUGUGAAACAGCCGCUCAGUAAAUCCAGUUAAUCAGUGUUAUUGUUUUGAUGCACUUUUUGCUUUUUAAGAAUCCACACUGUAGUUACUACCUGGUGCACCAUAUUUUGCAGGAUGUGUCAUCCUCACAGAAGCAUAUGACCCUGUCCUCAGUGCAGCACCCAAACAUGACUUCUGUUCUUUGCCUUUGCAUAUAAUGAUAUCUUGAAAAAUGUAUGUCUCAACAACUCCUUAAGUUAAUUUUACAUCUAGUCCUAAACUUGUGUUUUUCUUAGACAGUGGGGAAAAAACUGCCUUCAGAUUUGGAUUAUUCCAGGUUUCAGUGCAAGUAUGCUCACAUUCUUCUGAAUGAAGUGACAUUUUAGUUCCUGAAAUGAGUGGCUGUUCACUGGAAACAACUUGAAGCAUCACCCAUUGGUACACCUUGAGCUAUGGGUCUGAUAGGUUAGGCCAUUUUAUUCUGAUUUUGUUUGUGAUAUUUUGGAUCUGUUUUAAUGGAUGUAUUUGUGUAGUGGGGGGUAUGUUUGAUGUAACUGAAGGGUGUUUAAAUGUUUACAUGUCCAAUUCAUGUACAGGACUGUACAUUUAUCUCUGUUAAUACAAAUGAAACAUUUUAUCUAUGGGCCUAAAUAGACUUUUGUUUGACUCAUCCUAUUGCUUAUAAACAGCAUGGAAUAUGCAAUAUUGUGAAUAUUGUGCGGAAUCCUUUAUUGGAAAUAAAGUUUUAUU